UAUUGCUUAUGUUCGUUUCAUACACGAUGCACAGAAAACUCAAUUGAAUGAUUUAAAUUCAAAUAUACAGGAUUAUUAGUGACUUCCAACGAAAUUAAACAAUUAAUUCUUGUGACGUGCAGUGAAUAGUGUCUAAUUAAUUGGAAAUUUUAUAACGGCACUGUCCACAGUAUUAUCCAAACGCUUUAGUUGACAGUAAACUAUAUUGAGAAAAAUGUUAUUGAAAUAACAUAAGUUAGUAUUUGAUAAAUCCGUAAAGGGCGUGAAAUAAAUAUUUGACGAGCUGAAAUAAUCAAUCCAGCAUCAAUUGUCGGAUAUAUAUUUUUUACCUGACAUCUGAAUAAUAAAUUUCCAGGAUCAAUGUUAUUCUAGUUCUACAUGUCACACGGCGUGAUGUACAAUUCGUAAAAUUGAUAGCAGCCGACUGCAAUAUGGAUUUACGAUGCAAGAAUCACCUGAACAGAAAAUUGUUUUAUUAAGAGGAUUAUUUUCUACAAAUCGUUGGAACAUCAUUGUACUUCAUUAAAUAUACCUUACAAUAGCCGUGCUUUGGUGACGACAAUAUUUUCACCAACGGGUGAAGAAAGGGGAAAUUGCAAUAUCAGGCUUCGUCGACUUGGGAUGCAUUUUAUACUUAUUAAGGACAUUUGAAUAGGUAGGAGUCAGAUAUCUGCAAUAUAUCCUAAUGUAUGGUGCAGUGUAGCGAAUUAAUACCCUGGACUAUUUAUAUUUUCACUUGACACGAUGACAGUCGUACAAUACCGAACGAUAUGUUUUUCAGACCGAACAAAAGAUUAGUUAACAUCGUUUUAAAUGUACAUGAUUUUUAAGCCACACGAUACGAUAAUUAUUUCAUACAGCAUUUAUUAAACAUUGAAACAAGGUGAAAAAGCCAGAAUAAAAAUGAAAAGUAGGAAAAUGAAAGAAAUGAAAAAAUUAAAAUUAAAGCAUCAUACUGGCAAUGACAGAAAUGGAAAAUGUGAGUGUGGGUUAGAGAGUAUAUUGCCUGAACUGUUACCAUGGUAUUUGUUCGUCAUAGUGCUGUGUAUCAGGAUUCAUUAUGUUCUUCAACCAAAAAACUGGUGGCUGCUUCAUCCAGAUGAAAUAUUCCAAUCAGUUGAAGUUGCUUUUUCUGAGGUGUACGGAAAUGGAUUUAGAACCUAUGAGUAUAGUCCACCCACAAUAAAUGUUACGACACCGGUUGAAGAACAGGAAAUGAACCAGGGAAUGUACAGUUUGAGGUCUUUUCUCUACCCACAAUUCUUUGCUGUAAUAUUUGCCGUCUGCAAGUUCGUUGGAAUACGUUUGAAUUGUUACUUGGUUGGACGUAUUUGUCAGUCUGUAGUAACGUCAUUUACUCCAGUGGCUGUGUUCAGAUUCUGUAGGACUUUAUUUAGGUGUAGAGGAACUGCGUCUCUAGCUGCAAUAUUAACUUCAUUUUCAUUACACAUAUCGGUCCUUGGAACACAUACAUUGGUCAAUAGUUUUAUUUCUCCAUUCUUAUUUCUUUCAUUAGACAUCAUUUUGCAAUGUGUAUUAAAACCUCCGGACAUUUCAGAUUUUGCAAACGACAAAAGUUUAAACAAUAACAGUUUUUCUAGGUAUAAUCAUACAGAAAAUAGAAGCGCUUCAAUACAAUGUACCAUGCGCGAUAUUAAUAGUAAUUCAAAGACUCCGAAAAAUUCAUUGCAUGGUGCAGCACUUCAAGAGCAAAAGCAUUCAACAGAAGAUGGUAGCAUAAUUAAAGAAGCGAAAACAAUGAAAAGCAAACUGAAAAAGAACCAUCUAGCAACCAGACACUUUACAUUGGACAUAAAUGUAAUUUUAUUAAGUUUAUCGGGUUUUGUUUGUGCAAUAAUUUGUUACAUGAGGCCUGACACUAUCAUUUUCCUAAUUGAAAUAGGCGUCUCUUUUCUGUUUACAUAUCGAAAUAAUGUAUCAGUGAAAAAAGUCGUAUAUUUAACUGGUACCGUUGGAUCCGGUUUUGCAACGGGUUUAACAAUAGGGGGUUUACUUGACUGGUUCACGUAUGGUGUGAUGUUUAUUUCGCCAGCUCAGUGGUUGAAGUUAAAUGUAGCCUCACAUGUCCCUGCUGUAUUGUAUGGAACAAAUAGUCCAUAUCAGUACAUUUUAGACAUUUUUGCCAGCUGUACGUCUGAGCUUUGCUUUAACAUUUUCUGUCUCGCCGCUUUAUUAAUUAUGAUGACUCAAACUAAGUAUAUUGACUCAGGGGAUCAAAAGUCAAGUUCUAGUCUAUUAGUAACUCUAUCAUUUAUGCUUAUUAUAUAUUCAGUAAUCGCGCAUAAGGAAAUAAGAUUUGUUCAUAACGUUUUAAUCAUUGUUGAAAUUUUAGCAGCGUACGCAAUUCACGGGGCUUUGCAAUUUAUAAAAAGUUUGUUUAAAUUUACCAAAGAUAAAAUCAGAAUCGUUGUGAUGGUCUUCACGAUAACCGUAGGUCUAAAUACUUACAUGAAUUUUCCUGCAUAUCGCGAAGAAAUCAUUCUGCCAUGGAAAACGGUAAUACCGAGCGAUUCUUCAGAUAUCAAUCAGUGCUUGUUCUUUAUUAGUGAACAAAACAACGUAACAGGAGUAUUUGUAGACAAUUCCAUUUACACGAUUGCGGGAUUUACCAUUUUGAAACACGACGUGCCAUUGCUUACUUUAAUUCACCAUGAAUACCACGAAUAUAGGAGUGGAGGGUAUAUACCACGAACUGAUCUCAGUUAUACGACACCGCGAAACUUGCAUGUCAUAAACCGAUACUCUGAUAUCAUCGAUGUGACAAAUAUUCACUAUUUAUCGAAACGUUUACUGGAAAGUCAGGAAUAUAAUUAUGUUGUUGUCCCAAACAAGAGAGUGCCGUCUUUUCGUCAACUUGGUUUUAAUAAAGCUCCAUUUAGCGCAGGGAGAUAUUCCGUCCUACAGAGAUUAUUGACACAGAUCGAAUCUACAAAAUUGUCAAUCGCUGGUAAAAAUAUGCCACUUGGUAAAAACUCUACCAUUAUGGAAUAUGAAGCUAGUUGGUUGUACACAGCAGGACUAUAUUCGAAGGCUAUAGAACGUUUAGAAAAUGCUAUAGAACUAAACAAUUCAAGGGUACGCCCAUUUCAAUUACUUGCGUCAUCUUAUGCAAAUAAGGCUGACUUAGCAAGCGCAAAGGCGACAGAAGACAAAUGCAUUCUAGGCCAUGGUCGAACUGCAUGUCGGAAACCCCAACCAAGAAUAGUGAUUCACGACGACUAUAAACAGUACAGUUUUAAUUAAAAUACGAUAAAACAAUACAUACGGUUCUUAAAGAGUGUUCGUAAAUGAUAAUUAAACAACAGUUACCUAAAUUAUCAUUUUCCAAAAGAUAAUAUUCAUUAAAUGUCCGAUGCGUCUGAAGUGAAUGAAUACAUUCACCUGCUAUAUAAAAAGUUAGAAAUAUAACUAGCGAAUAUACUUCAGUGUCAUCUCACGAAACCGUCGUUCAAUAUCCACAAUCAGCAUCGCAGAAUGCAUUUGAAUACUAUACAUGAUAUUUUAGUGGCGUUAGUAAACUUUCGUAUUAAUUCGUUUUAUGUGUGCGCAGUAUUUAUACAAGGCUGGUGAAGGGAAAUGUUGUGCCAUUAAACGGUUUGCUUUCAUCGUUUAAAAAGGAAAAUACAAAUUAUAUAUUUUAUAUUACAUUCAUCAGGUUUUUUCACUUUUGUUUUUUUUUCCUUUUUAUCAAUUUUAUACUAGUUUAUAUGUGAUAUCUUUUUACAAUAACUUAUACUUGGCAAGGACGGAUUUUUUUAAUUUUUAAUUGUCGCAAUUCGUCAUACGAUGUCAGCUUUAAAUGUUUAGGCAAUCAAAAUGCUAAUAUUUAAAUUAUUUAAUGUUAUUUAUAUUUUUAUAUAUUGUUACGUUUUGAGUGACAAAAAAAUGAAACACAUAUUGUUUU